GAGGAACCUGAGCUCACAAUGAGGGAGGUGGAGGCUUAAAUCACUUCCUGGAAUUCUGGACCCUGGAAACUGGCACAGGUUGGAGACUACACAUUGGCUCUGGCCACAGAUGGGGUUCCCCACGAGCCCAUGGGGCCUCCUCAGUCAUUUCCUGACUUUCCACCUCCUCCGGCUGGGAUCAGCGGAGUUCAGAGUGGUGGGACCAGGCCGACCUCUCCUUGCCACCAUGGGGCAGGACGUCGUGCUGCCGUGUCACUUGUCCCCAGAGGUGGACGCUCAGAGGUUGGAGAUCAGGUGGAUCCGGUACCUGGUCUCUGAAACGGUGCACCCCUACCAACACGGAGCAGACCAGUAUGAUGAGCAGAUGGAGGAAUACAUUGGAAGGACAGAGUUGGCCAGAGAUGGUCUCUCCCGUGGGAGCCUGGACUUGCGAAUCUCUGGGUUGAGACCCUCUGAUGAUGGCCAGUACGUCUGCACUGUGCAAGAUGCUGCCUCUUAUGGAGAAGCUGUGGUGCAGCUGAAGGUGGCAGCCAUGGGCUCUGUCCCUCUCCUCUCUCUGGAGGCUUACGAGGACGGAGGCAUCCGGGUGGUGUGUCGAUCGGCCGGCUGGUACCCAACACCGGAGAUGCUGUGGAAGGAUGGCAGUGGACAGCAUCUCCCCUCAGUCUCCCUGAGACGUUCCCCGGAUGAGAGGGGCCUCUUUGAGAUCCAAGAUGUCAUCAUUGUGAGCGGGAAGGGAGAUGGGAAGGUGUCGUGCAUGGGAAACGAGGUGCAGAACUGGAGGAACAAAGUGCACUCUUGGAGCAACGAGAUGCAGCACUGGGGCAACAAGCUGCACUUUUGGGGAAUCGAGAAGCAAAAUUGG